GCUCUGAGCUUAAGGAGGCGAGGAUUUGCAUAGCCUCCCUUACCCCGACACGCCGRUGCUGGGCCCGGAGCGAGCGCCGCGACCAGGGCCAGUGUCCACGCUGCACGGAAGGUCCGCACUGGCGGGUCCAGCCUCGGGUAGUGCAGCCCUCAAAGUGGACCGGGUGAGCCACGACUUCAAGGUUACCUGGAGAAGUGUAGCAAGGCAGCAACCGCCACCGGGCUUUUACCCCAGUCCCGAGUGUUUCUGGAUAUGUCUGCUCAGCUGCGGCCGCUGCGCAGCGUCACUGCGGAGAUUCGGUGUUUUGGAAGUGAAGAGGAGGGUGGGGAGCUUGGGAUCCCUACCCUGGAGCUCGACUUUGCGUACCCCAGGUCCAUGAGGGACCCGGAAACACCGCAGCGCCGGGUAUGGGGGUUGUGGCGGGAGGUGUGGGCUCCUGCGCGAACUCAGCCAGAUGUUCGGGGUGGCUCCAGAUGUGCCGCGGGGCAGGGGUCAGGUCUCUCCUCCUCCCCAACCCCCAUCCUGGAACUCAGGUCUGUAAACAAACUCGGUUUUUGCCUUACCCCGGUUGCCUUUGGAAGUUCUCAAAACAAAGGCAUCCGUCCCCCAUCCUCCAAUUUGGUAGGAGCUGCCGAAUUUCUCUGCCUUUUGCUACCCUCUCCCGCCUCGCACACACUCCCUUUGCCGAGGGAUCCAAGUCCCCCACCCCCGGGAUGGCUCGGGCAUGACCUCAUCAGCAGGCUGACUAGAAGGGAGGGGGUCGAGUCCCGGAGUGGGGGACAGGGCCAGGAAAGGUCCGUGAGGGCCCUAGGAACUGCGCAGCCCACCCCAUCCCGCAACCACUCUCAAGUCAGGUACCGAAGCUGCGCUGCGCAAGCGGAAUUCCUAGGACUGCCGCGGAAGAGAGGGAGCUCUCCGUGCGCGCCCUGCGUGCCCCGCUGUCCAGAUGGGUCUCCAGCGGCGAGCGCGGCCCCUAGUGGACCCGAGCGCACUUCGGCAGGCGAGCAGCGAGGACACCCUCACUGUGGAGCGGCUGGAGAAGAUUGCAGAGGAUACCCGCAAACGGAGAUCGGUUGGCGUGCAGCACGAACCGUGGCGCGGAGCCGAGCUGCUUUCCGCUGGGCUCAGCGCCUGGGCCCUGCACUCAUUUGCUCGCUGGAGCUCUCCCCUUCGCCGGGCGCGAUCUGCAGCGCGGGCCGCCCCAAACUGCUUUAUAAGGCGCGGGCAGCCUCUUUGAUCCGCCCACGUCAGCGCGCCGAACCCCACCGGGUGGCUCCGGCGGCGCGCUGGGGGCGGGGGCGGGGUCCCUGCGGAUGCUAG